CGUCCUCGUCGUCGUCCUCCCCGUCUGGUUCGUCGCCGUCAAGCCGCACCGCGACGGCGCGAGCGGCGCUGCGGGCAAGGGUGGUGAGGCGGCGUGGGCGGCGGCGCGGUGACGGGCGGGAACGGGAGCACGGUGACGAUGGCGAAUGGGAGCACGUUCACGUACACGAACAGCUUUGGUGGAUAUUGGGUGUACGACCCCGCGGACCCGUUCAACAACUCCGCGCGGGCGAACGCGUGGACGCCGCCGCUGUCGGAGCCGUGGAACUUCAGCACGCACCGCAUCAACGGCGUGAACCUCGGCGGGCUGUUCGUCCUCGAGCCGUUCAUCACGCCCAAGUACUACCAGCAGUACGCCGCGGCGGGCGCGAUCGACGAGUGGACGCUCGACACCGCGCUCCGCGCGCAGGCGAACAUCACCGCGGUCAUGCAGGCGCACUACGGCGCGUUCGUCUCGGAGCAGGACAUCGCUGAGAUCGCCGGUGCGGGCCUGACCUGGGUGCGGAUGCCGAUCCCGUUCUGGGCGAUCGAGGCGUGGAGCGACGUGGGCGUUGCGGACGGGACGACGGUCGCGGAGCCGUUCGUCGCGCGCAUGUGCUGGAGCUACAUCCUGCAGGUGUUCCAGUGGGCGCGCAAGUACGGCCUCCGCGUCAACCUCGACUUGCACACCAUCCCUGGGAGCCAGAACGGGUACAACCACUCGGGCAAGCUGGGCACGGUGAACUUUUUGAACGGGAUGAUGGGCAUCGCGAAUGCGGAGAGGGCGCUGGAGUAUAUACGUGUUAUCGCGGAGUUUAUCACCCAGCCGGAGUACCAGCCUGUCAUCCCGAUCUUUAGCAUCGUGAACGAGGCGCUCCUGCAGACGAUCACGCUGCCUGUGCUCACCACCUUCUAUCUGAACGCACACUGGAUGAUCCGGAACAUCACGGGCGUCGGCGAGGGCAGCGGGCCGUACAUCGCGAUCCACGACGGCUUCAUGGGCACCGCGUACUGGGCGGGCUUCCUCGAGGGGAGCGACCGUGUCAUCCUCGACACGCACCCGUACUUCGCGUUCGACAAUGAGCCGAACAACGAGCCGGUGAACGUGACCGCGAACGGCACGGCGGACGCGUCCGUGUAUGGCGGGCAGUGGCCCCAGAUGGCGUGCAGCGCGUGGGGCCCGGGCAUGAACGCGAGUCGGAGCGCUUUCGGUGUGACCAUUGCGGGCGAGUUCAGCAAUGGGAUCAAUGACUGCGGGUUGUGGGUCCGCGGCGUCAACAUCAGCGCGGCGUACGUCGGGAACUGCGAUUACUGGGCGAACUGGGAGUCGUGGAGCGACGAGACCAAGGCGGGUCUCAAGACGUACGCACUCGCGAGCAUGGACGCCCUCGGCGACUGGUUCUUCUGGACGUGGAAGAUCGACGCGUCGUCGACGAGCGGCACCGUCGAGUCCCCACUCUGGUCGUACAAGCUCGGGCUCGAGCAGGGGUGGAUGCCGACGGACCCGCGCGCGGCGAGCGGGACGUGCGAGGCGCUCAAGGUCGCGCCGGCGCCGUGGAACCAGUCGUUCGCCGCGUAUUACGCCGCGUGGCCGCCGGCCUCGAUCAACAACGUCCCCUCGGCGAGCAUGCGCCUCCUCCCGCAGUACACCGCGACGGCGAGCGUCGUGAGUCUCCCCCGCGCUGAUCGCUGGCUUGUUGGGCUGGCGGUGGGUGGAUGGACGGGGGUCUCCCUGGACUCGCCGUGCUCUUGACCGGGACUGGGACUGGGACUGGCUUUGCUUAUAUAGAUACUGUGCUCGGGAUCCGAGACGCCACGCCUCCUCCUCUUGCACCCGACACCCAUGCCUACCCGUCCUACCUUACUGACGUGCGCAUUUAUACCCGAUCACCCCGCGAGCACGAAUCACACGCACCGCUUGCUUACCUCUGUACAUGACGACUUCGACGAUUCUUGCAUGUGGCGCUUGCCGGCCACCACACAUCCG